UAUGGCUCUAUCUUUGUCUUCCGCAAUGUUCAUCGUUUGCUUUUCCAUUUUUGUGCUCGCUGGAGAUGCACUGCGCGAUGUGCCCGAACAAGCGUCGAUGCCGAACACGACGCUGAGCCAAGAUAUUCCAGCAGGAGAAUAUAUUCAAGUAGCAAAUAUAAUGGGUUUUUUGCAGCGAACAAAUUGGACCGGUGACUGUUUUCAAGACAACACUGCUUGGGUGACAAAAAAUAGAGAUUUUUCCACCGGUUGGAUUAUUGUUGAGACUGACAAUGAGAUAAGCCAUACAUGUACAGAAUCUUAUGAAUUUAUGAUAGGAAGUCAAGUAAUAGCAGCGAGAACUAUCUAUGUAUCUGGAAGGAGUCGGCAAGAAAUUCAGUUCUCUCCCACAGCUGAACAAAAACGGGAACUACAUGCUGCAGAGAAACAGGAGGAAGCGCCUCCUAUAUAUCAGAAUGGACUUCAUAACGAAAAUGGUUUCAUAUCACUAUCAGAAAUUGGCAGUUCUUCUAGGGUUAGAGGUAGAACUCACUUGCUUGAAAUGAAGCACAGUGAAGAAAGUGAGGAGGAUCCAGAGGACUUAGGAGAAGAAGAAUUGUUAGAUGAGUCAGACGUUGAGGAGUAUUGA